UACACUUUCAACAAAGUUUCUUUCUUUUUGCCUUCCACACGCACACCUGUCACCAGCGUUAGGCUAUUGCCUGAAUAAAGAAGCGUAAACUCUAGUUGGUGCAGAGGCUGAAGUAGAACUUGGUGACAGCCGACAACCCACUUGGAAAUAUCAAGGUCAACAUCAAAAACCCCAGCAACAACAUACAACAAGUGAAUUCCAUUCCAGAAGUGGUAAAAAUGAGUAUCGCAACAAUGAGUGUUCAAAAUCAGGUGAUAGAAAGUCUAAACAGUGGUGGAUGUCUGUCGAUGUCACAAGGUUCCGCUUCAACCUCUGCACCGCCUGGGCGUGGCCAGUAUCCAUGGCAACAAACGGUUGCCGGGGAUACGGCCACGCCCAUGCACGUUGGGGAGUCAGCACUGCUGACUUCCAGCACAGAAGCUUCUGCUGUAGAGCAUGUAGAGUCUAGUAGUGCUUGCUUCAUGACUAGUAGUGCAGAGGUUGAGGCAGAACCAAGUGUAAAUCCCAUGUAUAGCAUGGAAAUCAUUCGACUAGGAUCGUUUCAGAAUUGGCUUAGCUCAAGUGCAGAUAUAAACCCUCGCAAAUUUGCAAAAGCUGGACUAUUCUACACCGGACAAGGCGAUACGGUACAAUGCUAUCAAUGUAGUAGGACGUUUAGUGGAUGGCUAGAUGGUGACAUACCAAUUCAAAGACAUCACCAAGAAAGCUCAGACUGUCUAUUUGCUAGAGAACUGUACAUGAAGGACAAUGAAGCUCAACGAUCUCAAAACAACACCUCUUCGCAGCAUAGAGGUAUUGACGUACCAGACAAUGCAACAUCUAACAUCGUUGCACAACAAUCGUCUAGCAAUGGACACGAUGCUCCUGACUCUUCUUGCUUACAAUCAAUGCAAAGAUUAUCCAUACACAAUGUAAAUACAAGUAGUAGUAAUGUUAACACUGCAAGUAGUAACACAGCAUCUGACUAUUACGCAUACGACACAGCCGCAACUGCAAGGAAUGUAAAACAUUGUGGUGAACACUGUCCAAAAGACUUGAACACUGAGCUCCACAGGAUCCAUACCUUCUACGGAUGGCCAGAAAGCACCCCUGUUCGACCGGAACACUUGGCGAAACUUGGUUUCUUCUACCUUGGAGUUCGAGAUAAAGUUGAGUGCGCGUUUUGCGGAGGGGUGCUCCACCAAUGGGAAGAGGGAGAUGAUCCAAAGAGAGAACAUGAGAGACAUUACCCCCACUGUCCCUUCAUACGGAACUGUGCCACUUCUAAUGUACCCCUGGACUCACCUGAUGGAGAUUCAUCCGACGGACAAUCUGAAAGACGUGGACACACAGAGAGUGAACCACCACCACCUCCUGGGGGUACUGACUGUCCGAAGCAUCCGGAGCUGUCAUCAGAAGAAGACCGUCUGUCCACAUUCUUCCGCUGGCCCCUGUACAGCCCCAUCUCACCUCGCAAGCUCGCACAGGCCGGGUUUUACUACACAUACAUAGAUGACCAGGUGAAAUGUUAUUGGUGUGAGGGAGGGCUGAAAGACUGGCAGGCAGGGGAUGACCCAUGGACCGAACACGCGCGUUGGUACGGGGAGGAGUGUGGGUUUGUGCUACGGGAACGUGGCAUCGGCUACGUCAGGCAGAUUAAGAACACCUUCCCCUCUCUCGUACAAGUGGCCCAUCACCACUCACAGCAAGACUUUGUCCAAGACUUCAUUGUGGGCUCCGCAAACGUAACAGUCCAAGUCGGAAACCUCGACCCAGAAGACGAAUUCGAAGAGCGCGUGCUGGACGCCAUGGACUCUAGAGUGGUGCGAAACGUGGUAGAGAUGGGCUUCGGUCAACAGAACGUAGAAACAGUGGUACGGAGGAGGCUUCGCGCUCGUAGAGGACCCUUCACCACCAUGACAGACCUGGUGGAGUCUUUACUAGCCAUGGAUGAACACCCAGAUGGACAGGGAGACAACCCCGAUGCUGAGGAUGAAGAGGACAGAAAUGUAGAGGGGCCAACACCCACUGGAAAUCAGGAGCCAGCUGCAGAGGAGGCAGCUGCAGAGCAGAUGGAAGAAGAACCAGAAGAAGAAACCCCAGCUUCAAUGGAAGAACUACAGCAAAGACUCAGGCGAAUGAAAGAGGAGCGUAUGUGCAAAAUCUGUAUGUCUAACGACGCCACAAUGGUUUUUAUCCCAUGUGGGCAUUUGUGCUGCUGUGAAGGCUGUGCUCAUUCUAUGAGAUCUAGAGGUAGAAAGUGCCCAAUUUGUAGGGCCCGUAUCCUUAAAGUGCAGAGAGCUUUCCUUUUAGCAAAACUCGGCUUCUUCUAUCUUGGAGUACGGGACAAAGUAGAGUGUGCAUUUUGUGGCGGAGUGCUACACCAAUGGGAGCAAGGGGACGACCCCAAAGUCGAACACGAGCGACACUACCCCCACUGUCCACUCAUUCGGGGAUACGCAACUUCCAACGUGCCUCUAGAAUCUUCUAGCCAGCCUACGAACAGCAGUGCAAAGUUAUCGCCCUUUAUCCAACAGUCUAGUCUACCUCAGGCUGCAACUGUAGUUUCACAGAGCCAGCAGAGGAGUUGCUACGCACAAGAGAACGAGAAAACAGCGAAAACGUCUCAAAGAAAGGAGCCCAAGCACCCAGAGUUGGCUUCUGAGGAAGAUCGCUUGUCUACGUUUUUGAGGUGGCCGCUGUACAGCCCCAUUCCUCCUAGGAAACUGGCACAGGCAGGAUUCUAUUACACACAUACAGACGACCAGGUGAGAUGUUUUUGGUGUGACGGCGGGCUGAAGGACUGGCAGGCAGGAGACGACCCUUGGACGGAGCAUGCCCGCUGGUACGGAGAGGAGUGCGAGUUCGUCCUGCUGCAGAAAACUCCCAGUUUCGUGCAGGACGUCAAACGACGUCACCCAGUACUCGGACAGGUUCCUCAUGAAGAAAAGACAUUCAAGCAAGCUUUCGUGUCGAACGGCCCGGUCUCUGGUGCGACUUGCGUACAGGAGUCCAACGAUCUAUUUCAGGAGGCCAUGGACUCACCGCUGAUACAGAACGCUCUCGAGAUGGGCUUCGAGCGGAAACAAGUGGAAGACAUCGUCAACAAACAGCUAAGGAGACAUGGAAGACCGUUCGCCAAGAUGACAGACAUCGUAGAGGCUCUUCUAUCUCACGAAAAGGGCCAGAACAGAACUGGUGAUGAGGAAGAUGAAGAAAAGAAGAAAAACUCGGCUGAGACAACAACUCAAACUACACCACAAGAAAGUCCCUCUGAAUCGGGAUCCCCGGGAGCACAGGCCCCGUUACCGGCUCCGAGAGAAGCGCAUGGUGAGGAGCAGGCUCCUCCUUCUGACGUCAUCAGCCUCCAGCGUCAGCUGCAGCAGUUGAUGGAAGAGCGCAUGUGCAAGAUCUGCAUGGACGAGCGGUCGUGCAUGGUGCUGAUCCCGUGCGGGCACAUGUGCUGCUGCGAGGGCUGUGUGCAGAUGGUACGCUCAAGGGGUGGGAGGUGCCCCGUCUGCCGGGGACGCAUCCAGCGCGUCCAGAAGACUUUCGUCGCGUAACGGUCGCGUUACAGUUGCGUGACAGUUGCGUGAUGUCCCGUGCGGGCACAUGUGCUGCUGCGAGGGGUGUGUGCAAAUGGUACGGUCGCGCGGAGGGAGGUGCCCCGUGUGCCGGGGACGCAUCCAGCGGGUCCAGAAGACUUUCGUCGCCUGACGGUCCUUAGAAGAAGAACUUUAUUCACACCGCAUAGCGGGCUGACUCUGUGCUACCAAACCUACAAACAGAAUGGUUUUCAGUACCAAGGACAGCUACCAUUGGUCUUCUCUUUAUGAUGAACGGAAGCCUUCGUUACAUUUAUCUCUAGGCCUAGACUUAAAGUUAUAUUAGUUAAGAUGCUUCUACUGUACGGGUAUCAACGAUUUUCGCUCUACGAUUGUUUAAUUCAAGAAAACAUGGAUGUAGCUUUUAAUGAUAAUGACAUUUGGCUAACUCUAUCAUCUAACUCCAGGCAUUGGUUAAAGUUAUGUAGUAAAUAUAUUCCUACUAGUACUGUACCGGGUAUCUCAGAGAUCUACUAUACGAUUUUUUAAUUGAAGAAAAAAAGGAUGUACCUUUUUAAUGAUGAUGACUUUAGGGCUUUUUAAUGAUGAUUGUAUUUUAGAUAAUAGUGAGAGAGGGAGGUCCGAAGAAUAAACAAUUUGAAUUAAA